AUGCAAACUGAAGUUUCCUUGCAGGCGCCCAAAAAGCGCGGACGGAAACCGAAACCUAAGCCAGAGGUUUCAGAACACACGACAUUAACUUCCCCCAAAGAUACGGAAGAUGUCAAAAUAAAUGAUGACAAGCUUGUUGAACUAGUUAAAGUAUCUGCUGACCGUAUCGGGCUGGAAGGAGUUCAGGAUACUUCAAAAAAUAAAGAAGUCCCCCCGGUUACCAGUGAAAUUCCUAUAGAGAUCAACAAGGCCUUCCCUGUUUCCGAAAGUUCUGUGCACGCAGAGAAUGUGGCUGCUGAAAGAUUUACCAACGAAUGUAAGAAAUAUGUGGAAAACAAAAAAUCCCCUUUACGAGAAGUUGCGGUGUCGCGUCAAGAAUUACUCCUAUCUAUGAAUUGUGGAUUCCGCUCCUUUGAUGAUGUCUUGCAAGAGAUACUGGGCGAAGUUAGCAAGACGGGCGUUGUUUUCUCCUCUAAGCGACAGUUUCUUCAAUCGAGAGCAAAUAAUUGCGAUUCAGAAGAACAAGAGCAAGAUAGCACCGUUUUCAUCUUUAGCAAUCCUGUUAUAGGCAAUUUACUCGAAAAGAUUGGUCCUGUGAGCGAGCUCAACAAAGAAUUGGAUGCCAAAGACGCCCUGUUAGCCUCUGUGGGACUAGCUCGCCCUGGAGUUCGUGAGGCCCUCCGCAGGCGUCGAGAAGAAAAAGCCAAACAAUUAAACCGUAGUGUCAUGGGGAGGCUGAGACCAAAUCCCCGCCCUCGACGAUAUUCAGACAUGAUAACACAAAAGAAAAACUUAGAUGUGCCCCACCUGCCACCUGAGGCUUAUGUACCUUCCAGUGAUCUCCAGUUAAGGAGCUUUCGUGACAGUGUCGUCAAGGCUAAGUUAGUGCAAAAGAAAGCCUGUGAAUUAGCAUUGGUGAGGACUACGUCUGAACGCCACGGUAGAGGUAGACCGAGGAAGUCAUCUCUCGCUGUUAGUCAUCUUAAUAAAGUGAACGAAGCGAGGUCCUUACACCCUUCUGUCUCUACUCGUCCACGACGCCGCCUCGACGUAAGGCAUCAUAUCGAGUGGAAAUUUUGCUACGGCAACAAUGAGAAAAAAUCGCAGAAUUCGAACGUACAGCUGAGGAAACGCCGUCACGCCCUGAUGUCUCCUGAUCAUCACCCAGAAUCCCCCCAAGCAAACGAAGAGGAGGAGGAGUAUGGGGAAGAAGAAUUGCCUCGUGAACAUUGCAGGGGCGUAGAAAGAGAAAAAGACCCGUUCUUGCCGGCCGGACUCCCAGCGAAGAUAGUCUCGAACGUCCUGAAGGAACAAGUUCUUUUAUCAAGUCCAACCGCCCUCGCAGCCCCUCCUCAGAUUCAUCUUCUUCUCGGUCUGGCUUCCGGCGCGGCUAUGAGCGACCAUUUAGGAAUGGACGAUCCUCAUUGA